UGACAUGUGUGUGAUGCAGUGUGGGAUUUUUUGUCUCUGCAUGUGUCUGCGUGUACACGCGUGUGUGUGAGAGGUACAUAGAUCACGGACGGACCCCCUCGAGGAGGAAGAGCGGAGUGAUAAAGCACAGAGGCCCACCACGAGUCACAAGGACGGGGCAGAGAUGAUGAUGGCGCCAUCAAAUUUAAUAGGCUACAGGAGAAGUGAUUGGAGGCAGGGUUCUGCGGUUGCUAGGAGACGAGGAGAGUGUGGCAGCCGGCCUCAGUGUGGGAGAGAGUUAUGUGAGAGCGGUGAGGGACGUUAGGAGAGGGCGCUCCCUGCUGGUGUCUGCUGGCCACUGAUAUACCUACAGUACAGUGGAUCAUGUCAAUGCCAUGCAAGCAAAGGCAUCACACAGAAAGUUGCGAAGGAUUCUGGUCAGCAGCUCCUGGAAAAUGAACUUAUCUGCAUGGAAAUACUGAAGAGAAAACAGGAGCUUGAAUUGAUGGAACUUGAAGUGGAAUAAAUGGAUUACCCUCCUUUUGGAAAAUUGUUGCCAUGGAACUAGGUAGAAUUAAAUGAUGAUUGACAGGAAGAAACAAAGGUAAGACAGCAACACGCUGAAGAUACAGGAGAGCCACCAAGAAGAAUCUGAACACAGAGGAAAGAACACUUACUAAAUAGGGACCAAAGACUUCUACAGUCCGAAUGAAUGCAUGCCAUAGCAAAAAAAAAAACUAAAAGUAAACAGUAUUUGAAAGGGAAUGACCAAGACAAAGAACAUCUCAAAAAGUAUCACACUCUGCAUCCAAGAGCUGAAGAGAAUAUCAAUGGAGUGUUUGCCUCUGGGAGUGUUUAGUGAGGGUCGGUACUCAGACCUCUUGAUUCAACUUACUGCAGCUUUGGUCUCACACAGGUGUGAGUCAGGUCCUGGCAAACAUAUUGAUGAACUGAAGGAUUGUCGUGACGCAACACAUUCUCAAUGGUUCUAUUGAGUUGUUUUUGAUUUUGAAGAUGCUAUUGGACCACAAUUCAAUCCUAACAUAGCUCUGUUUGCUUGAGCUGUUGUUAAUAUAGCGGAGCGUAUACAUGUAAAGACAUUUGAGGUUCAACAUCUCACAUGGUGGUGUGUCAUUGCCUGCUCAGUGCCAAACUGCUUCAGCUUCAUGGGAAUGACUGCACAGUUUUAAUCUUGUAUUUUUCUGCAGUAGAAACCUGCUUCACUACAUUCGUUUUUUUGUUGUGGAAAAUUCCAUUUUUUAAGACCCAGCUGUAAAGUGAACCUUUUUUUAUUUUUGAAAAAAAGUGAAAACAACCACACCAUCAUCACAUUGAAGACUUUUACCAUUUGGCCUUUUCAUAUAUAUAUAUAAAAUCAUCGCCUGUUCAACCUCCCUACCCGCUUUCUGCUACAAAAACAAGUGAUUAUAACAUCUGCGAUAUGUAUUCCUCAGCUUGAACUCUUUUGGUUUUUCAAAGCAUUUGCUUGUUUUACUGCCAGGCCAUAGACUCUCUUUGCUUUGUCAUUUAUGGUUACUGCCGUAAGCCUUCCAGUUUCUGAUCAGAAGCAUUCCCUGGUAUAGACGCUGACAGCUUUUUCCGUUUUUAAUCCAAAUUUGGGAAAACAAUGCAGAAUUUUUCAAACAGCCCAGUUCCCCCUUCCCUCCCCCCGGGGUUCAGUGGGAGGGCUGGAGGGGGAACUCCGUAUCCCCCUCAGCCAGCGGACCCCCAGAUCUCCCCGAGGAUGACAGAUGAUUAUGCUGGGAUGCAACAGCAGAGCCUGCACAGAGGCCAUCACCACCCCAGUCAGGCCAGCCACAUACUUGCUUACAGUGCGAGAAACAGAGGGGCUGUGGAGGCGCCGCCAACACAGGGUAACAUUCACAGCGCCAACGCUAACAACCCUUACAGGAAGGACGCCAUGGAUUAUUAUUUUUCAAUGGGUGGAAAGGACAGGCACAGAAGAGGGGGCAUGGCUUAUGGGGCAGGAUUUGGGUACCCUAACAUCGAUGGACAUAUACCUCACCAGUACCGGCACGCAGGAUCUGGCUCCGCACCAGCAUCUGGCCUGAUGUCACCAUAUCCAGUAGACUAUGGCUCCAGUGCCGGUUCAGGUGGAGGUGCUGGUGCCGGAGCGUUCUCUCCUUCUCAUCAGUACAAUAUGAGUCAGAAUGCUGCAAUGCAGUCAGUGCCGGGUUCUCAGAUGCAGCACCGCCAGCUUGGACAAACCUUCCCGGCUGUCCACCAUGGACAACAGCAUAGGAGCUAUCCACACUCCGGGCACAGAAUGACCCCUCAGUACCCACACUACUCCCCGCAGGGUGGAGCAUCCACGGGGUCGUCAGGAAUGUACAGCCCCCCUCCGCAGAGAUAUCUCGAUGGGGCUGCUAGCGCGGGGUUCGAUCCCAAAGUCAACAGUUCUCCCAGUGUCAACUCCGUUUCAAACUCAAUCUCCAGUUCAGUUGCUGCUAACAAUGUGGGGCCAAUGGAGAAUGUUCAACAGAGUUACCACGCUUCGAAUUAUCCCGGAUAUUCCCCACAGACACUUUCACUCCACAAGCAAGCCACACUACAGCAUCGCAACUCGCAGCACAAUUUAGGGGUAGGUUAUGACAACUCUCUCAAGAUGCAGCACCAGGGCCCGUCUCCAGGCUCUGUAUAUGCUAAACAUCACCAAGCCUCCAAUCCCAGUAUACCUCAAGCAGCAUCUCAAGAAAUAGCCAAAUCCCCGAUGCAUCCCAAUGCGCAACAAACCCAAAUUAACCAAAACUUUAGCCCGAUAUCCAACCCCUCGCCAGCUGCCUCUGCAGUGCAUUCCCCCAGUUGUAGCUCCUCUCCUUCCCCUUUGAUGGGCGUCUCAGAGGUACAUGGAAACCCCUCAGGUCACGGUCCCUCACAUCCUCCUACAUCAAACCCCCGUAGCAGUCAUGGUCAAGGUAGAUUACUGCAGACCAUGCCACAGUUAAGUCCCACGCCCAACUCAAAUAGCAGCAUCAGUAGUUGUGGUAGCAGUGGCAGUCACAAAGCUCACAGCAUGAGUGCAGUCGGAGGGAGCAGUCUUCCUCCAACAGGCCGCAACAAAUUGGGUCUAGGCACGGGAAUGGGAUCCCGAGAGGAAGGCUCCUCUAUUUAUUCAUCCUCUCCACUUGACAAAAUGCAGGAUGCUGGCCUGAAUAGUCUCAAUGCCUUGAGCUCACAAGUAGCCAAUUUACCAAACACAGUUCAACACAUGCUCCUCACCGACUCAGUGCUUUCACAGAAGAAGGGGAAAGACGUGGGGCAGAUGCAACAGGCAACGCACGGCGUGCCCCCAUCACAACCAAGGAGUCGAAAUGCAAGCGCAGCCUCGAGCACUAGCACGGUUAAAGAUGGAAGUGCACUGGGGAUAGGUGAUGGUGCCAGCUUAGAUGCUGGCGCUGAUGAAGACUCCUCGUUGAUGUCAGUUGGAGGCUCAUCAGGGACCAAGGUGGAGCGCGAGGAGCAGUUUUCUGAGGGGGAACAUGGGAGAGUGAGGCAGAUGAGCGGCGCGAGCAGUGGAUCUGAACCAACUGGCUACCACCCUCCCUCUCAGAGUCAAACACAGACUGGGCAAACAUCAGCUGUUAAAACAGUCGCCUCCGAUUCACCAUCAAAAGAACCAAAUGUUUCUGAAACAAAAACUCACGUUCCCUCUUCAUCAUCAUCUCCAUCCUUUGGCCCAACUUCACAUUCAACACCUCCAGUUUCCUCAUCCCCCUCAUCCACCUCCUCCAGUAUUCCUCCUCCACAGCCAAAUUGUGUCUUGGAGCCGGGUCUAACAUAUAAUGACCACAGAGGCGGCCAUAGGAGGGCGACAGAAAUAAAAAAUGAAGUCAUCAAAAAUGAAAAUGAAGGCCCAGUUGACAGAAUGGGGAAAGGCAGUAGCCAAAUGCAGCGAGGUGGAGAAGUCAAUUCACAAAAUUGUCAGGACAAAGAAAACAGGCUGCACACUGCAUCCAGAUUACACAAUAACGAGAGGGGAGAAAAGCACACGUCAGAGGAACACCAGAGUGCCAGUAGUGUUGGUGUUAUUGUUUCAGCUCGGUCUGAUGGAAGUCACGCUGAAAAAAGCAAGCAUCCCCAAGGCAACUGUAUAGAAGAGAAACACUCGUUCUUAAGAGAGUCGAGCAGCCAUAAUGGGGAGGAAGGUGUAGAUCUGAGUAUAUAUUCCUCCCUUCACCAGAAAUCAAAUUUUGGACGGCCUCAAAAUCCUCCCCAGUCUGGACCACAUAAAUAUGGCUACCCAGAAUCAACAUAUGGUUCAGAUUUGUCAAUGAAAAACAGAGGGAGGGCUGGCCCAGCGGGCGUGAUGGAAUCAAAUUCCAGAUAUUUAGGGUACCAACAAUCACAAGCUGGUUAUGUCCCUGUGCAUCCAAAAGAUGUUGGCUCUGUAGCAGAGGCUUUGGUAAAGAGAGGGCAAGGAGCUAAAGGUCACGAGGAUAAUUCACAGCAAUUUCCAAGCCUUUUACAAGAGGUUCUUCAAGGUUACAAUUUAGAUAGACGUUAUGGCAGACCAGAGCAGGCGUUUCCUGCCCAUCUCCAAGUUCAACAACAGUUUCAAAGCAGACACCCGUAUGGCAUAACUGAGGCCUCGGCUCAUUCUGGACAAAUGGGUAGCUCUGGAAAGCACCCACAUCCAAGCCAGAGGCAUGGAAGUGAGCCUGGUUUUACCACAGAUGUGAAGUCGGAAGUGGCCAUUACUAAGAUAUUGCAAAAUGCUGAGAAAUCUGAAGUGGGUGUGUCUCAGAGCCAUUUAACACAGGCUGCAGAGUCUCAGCAGCCCCCAACGAAACACAUAAACUUAGCUGACUAUUCUCUACCACAGAGAAAAGCCUUAUCUAACGUGUCCACUCCGUCCUCUGCUGUGCAGGAGCUCCUUUUGCAGGAGCUAGAGCCGCUAAUGGGCAGCAUCGGUCCGAUCGAGUCUCAAAAAUCAUCAGGCUCCAUAUUAGCCCCAUCAGAGCGCCGCUCCGUCAUCUGUGAUGUGUCGCCAAACCGACGCAGCACACCAGAGAGGGACAGGGAAAGUGACAGAGAGAGAGAGCGGGAGAAAAGUCAGAGUGGAGCCUCUGUGAUUCAACAGCCAUUUUCCUCUCCAGCAGCAGCCAAUGAUCUGAGUAAAAAGGAUAUCGGAGAGAAACAAGUGGUGAAAAUGGAAACGGCAUCAAAAGAGGCCGGCUCAGACGCUGCACAUUUACAAACUGAUCAUCACGGCGGUGGUGGGGCUAAUGAGGCUGAUAUGGAGUAUCAUUCCAAGGCUGUUCAUUCAUCUGUUGUGAUGAAUGCUGACCCCUAUAGGCGAGGUAAUGUUGAUAUUACACCCUUGCCUUCCCAUCCUCUGAGCUCUAACCCUUUAUCUUCACCAUCGAGGCAUCAGUCCUAUCUCCAUGGCGUUGAUUUAUCAACUGGCAGUGGCAGCAGUUUUCCUGGAUAUCGAUUUGGAGAUACAAGAGAAGGGAAUAUGAUGCCACGCAGUAACCCCCAUUUUCCCUCCCACCACCCGUACCACAAUCUGUCCCCCCAGACUCAAUCCUCAAAUAAGCUUCAAAUGCACCCUCACCCUCGUGGCCCCCCUCAUCACCCCCAUGACAUGAAUGACUGGGUAAAAGCAAUGAACAGGCCGUCAAAGGAGAUGAUGAUGCAGCCUGGUUUUUCUCCAGGAAGACACAAGGUCAGCCAAUCAGAGCAGAGACCGAGGAUAAUGUCACAAACUGACAUGCCCGGUGAACAACACCCGACCAAAACCUCGAUCCAUCAUCAAAGCGCUUUUUUUGAUUUGAAAAUGUGGGAGUCGACACACUCUGGAAGAGAAAGCGCUAGAAUCCUGGAAGGAGACUCCUUUUACAGAACACAACCGCCUCCUCCACCUCCUCCUCCUCCUCCUCCCCCUCCUCCUGCUCCUGUCGCUGCACACGUCCCUGUUCCUCCACAAAUGACUCACGGCCAAAAUGCUGCUGAACCCGAGGUCUCCAGAGGAGCCACAGAGGAAGCCAAACAUCCCUGCCCGCCUCCUCCACCCAGCUCCACUAAGCCUCCCGCCGACAUGAACUCCACUCAGCCACAGGUGCAGCGUCAGACUAAAGCCGGGGGUUCUGGAGACACAAAUCCGCUGAUAUUGCGACGGAGAGUUCGUUCUUUUAUCUCUCCCAUUCCCGCCAAAAGGCAACUCCAGGAUGCGUCUCAGCAGAGGGCUGCCACAAAUUCCCAUCACUCCCCUGGAGCUCAGUCCGAGUCUAGCCAUCACAAUGAAGAUGACUCAUCCAGUUCAGAUAUUCCAUGUCCCAGGCUCUCCUCCCCUCUGCCCGGAGAUAGUACCUAUACACAACCUCUAUCUCCAGCAAGUGGUAACACCAAGGCUUUGCCCCCCAGGAAAGGACGAGGUUUGAAACUGGAGGCAAUAGUGCAGAAAAUCACGCCAAAUAUUAAAAAGCCAGCAGGCCAUGUUGAUGAUGAAUCAAAUCAUUACCCAGGCUUUUCUCACUCUGAAAUACCACCGUUUAGUGAUUCACAGGACCAAGACUUGGCACAUUUCCCUAGGGUUACAGGAGGGGAUGAUAGUUACAUGGAUGAAAGUCACUCAUUAAACGACAUGAUUUCCUUCAGAGGAGUUGAUGAGACUGGGCCUUUACCACCGUCUGCCUACCCGUGUGAUCCCCAUCAGACGUCCCAAACCAUAAAACAAGACUUUGACUUUGGAUUAGGACCUGCUGUGGCGUCGGCAUCCGGCGACAAGGAGGAUUUCGCUUUGCUUGGACCUUUACCCCCUCCUCCACCUCUUCCACGCCCGGUCCAGGGCUCCCCGCCGCCGUCGUCAUCCGCCCUGUCAGACAUUCAACAUUUCACCAACACUUACCAGCAGCUCGAGACAAGAAGAGGAGAGCAGUCUGCUGCUAACCUCCUUCGACAGAAACUUCAAGAAUCUGGCAUUGGAUUUGAUGAUUAUCCUGGCAGUGACUACUAUGGAACCACCCCGCCCCACCAUAGUCAGGGUCAAGGACACAUGCUGAAUAGGCAACAUCAGAUGUCCUCCAGUAGGUCCAGUUUGUCGCCACAAGAUUCUAAGCUACAUGACAGUUCUGUGCCCAAAGGCUAUUUCCCAUCUGGCAAGAAGAAGGGCAGGCCCGUAGGGAGUGUGAAUAAACAAAAACGGGCCGCGGGCCAAGCCCAAACACCGGGGCAGGGCCAGCCUCAAGCCCAGGGCCAGAGCACAACUCCGACUGCUUCUGCCCCAACCACUCCAGGUACAGGCGGUGCCACAACCCCACCGUUGGAGCAGACUACCAGCAGCACGCCACCCCCUGCAGAACCCCCUCUAACGGACAAUAAAAGCACUCCCCCACUGACCCCACCCAUUUUAACACAGAUAGUGAAAGUGGAUGUCGAGAGCGAGGACACACAGCCAGAGAUCGAGGUCAAACCCGUGCGAAGGAGACGCAGAGGUGUGAAAGCUGAAGAUGGGUCACUAGAAGCAAGAGGGCGACAGAGGAGGAGAAGGAGGGGAGCAGCACCAACGGCACCACCGCUGGCCAAAGACGACCCAGAUACACCUUUAGGGGCAGGAGGGAGCCCUGGCACUAAUAGAGUAUUUGUGGAUACAAAUAGAAAGGGCCCGUUUGUUCCGCACAUACAUGUUGAGAACAAAGUGCCAGAGAUUGGGGCAGUGUGCACCAUUGUAAACGCCGAGGAGGAGAAGAUGAAAGGAGAGCGUAGUGCCGUCGGAGGGAAAGCAGGCGGGAGUGGAAUUGAUUCUCUCCUGACCUCAGCUCUUUCCUCCCAGUUAUCUAAGCGAGACAGAGAAUCAGAGAAAAGGGAGACAGACGAGGUGGAGACUACACUACAGUCGGGAAAAGCGCUCCCUUCAUCUGGCUAUGUUGUUUCAGGCCCCGUGAUUACAGAGACCAAUCACUCUGGCCGCCUGCUCUGCUGCCUGUGUCAGAAAUGGGCAAAUUACAAACACCUCGGGGAUCUCUACGGGCCUUUUUAUCCAGCUGAAUACGCCGCAAAGCUCCCCAAGAACCAGCCCCAGGUCCGACAAUGUCAAGCGACCGCAGGCACAAACAAAACAGGACCAAAUCCAGACAUGAGCUCAAAUGCUUUGGGCUCCAUCCAAGACACACAAACACAAGAUGCUCAGUUUACCAAGCCCCCAGCUGAGAGUGACUACGCCAUCAGCCUAGAUUCAAACCCAAUACCUCUCCCCGCUACAGUCAGGACUGCCCCCACAGCUGGUAGAGAGGAAAUGAUGAUGCACAUGACUGGCAAGUUCAUUAACACCGCCUCCUCUUCCUCCUCCUGCUCCUCUUCCUCUUCCUCUUACACCAGUAAAACAACCUCUCUAACCUGGGACAUGAAUCUAGAUAUCCGGCCUAUUCCUAAGCUCAAGAGAGAGCCAGACCUCGAGAUUAACAAGCAGCAGCCGCAAAUCCAGCAACAGCUGCAGCUGCAGCAGCAUCAGCAGCAGCAGCAGCAGCAGCAACAGCCGCCGCAGCCGCCGACAGACGAAGCUCAACAGCGACCUCAACACAGAAAGCUGACCUCACACCCCCGUUUUAAAAGGAGGCACAAAUCCAGCGAGGAUUCCCCCAGGAUGGUGCCAUCCAACAGUAAGGCGUCCCUGCCCUUCCAGCCCCCUCCACCCGCCCUGGACUCCCUGGGACCCUUGGCACAACUCGCCCAGCUGCCUCAGAUGCCCAUGGACCCGGAGGAGCUGUGGGUCCACGAAGGCUGCAUAGUGUGGACCAGUGGAGUGUAUCUCGUCAACGGGAGACUGUACGGCCUGCAGGAGGCACUAGAUGGCGCCAGAGAAACAUGCUGCUCGUACUGUGAGAUGGUCGGCUCAACCCUGGGCUGCUACAGUAAAGGCUGUACACUUCGCUACCACUACCUGUGCGCUAUUGAAGCAGAUUGCUCUCUGAAUGAAGAUAACUUCUCACUGCGGUGUCCGAAGCACAAGGUAAAGAAGGAGAGUUUACCCAGAGCAUCCGGCCAGCAAAGUCAGUGUACCUGGAGCAGUCAGAGAGAGGCUGAGAGAAACGCAGAAGAAGAAGAGACACCGGAGUCUGGGAGCUGUUACUUUGGACAAUAGAAGACUGACAAAUGAGACUUUUGUUUGCGAAGCAGCCCGAAAUGUGAAAGGACAGGACUGGCAUCUGUGACAGAGAACAACAAAAGGGAAUGUACAAUUUCUCACCGGGAAUCAGCAUUAUUUACAUUUAAAGACAAUGGAGAAAAGAAACCUUUUUUUUUUUUUUCUAAGAGAAUCGUUGCUCUUUACUUAAAAGCAGAAAAAGAAAAAAACAUGGACAUGCAACAUAGAGGAACGGAGCUACAAGUAAAAGAAAAAAAAAACUACAGAGAUCGAAGCGGAAUAAAAUGAGACUGAUGGAGGAACUUUUCUGUAGAGAACAAAAGAAAUAAACUUCCUCUCUAGGCUCACUUUGAUUUUUUAUCAAACACCCUCAAACUGUUUAUCAUCGUCUGUAUUAUCAUUUACCUUUUUUCUUUUUUUUAGGUGUUUUGUUUUUUUAUGUUUCUUUGAAGAGGCGUAUCGGGAGCAAGUUGGGUGUCACACCCAGAAAAGAAAAGGAGAGAAUUUUGUAUCCUCUCACAAGUAGUAUUUUGUCUUUAUGAUAUUAGGAUGACCACAAUUAUUAUUUUAGUCCUCAUUAUUAUUUUGUAUCCUCAUCAGUAUUUACUCAUGAAAAUGAAAUGGAUGUAUCUCACUUUAUAUUCAGUCAACACAUGAAAUUGGAUUAAUUUUUUUUUCAUUCCUGGAGAGGGAGGAGCCAGAGUGAUGUCUGGAAUGUCAGGGUCGAGUUUGCCACAAAGACAUUAUUGCCUUGGAGAACGGACAUCUGUUGCCUUUCAAAAGUCACGUGUAUGAGUGAGAAAUGAGUGUGAGUGUGUGCGUGCGCGCGUGUGUGAGAAACUAAAAAAAAAUGCCGAUAUCUGGGUCUUUGAUUCCAUUUUUGGUCCUUUUGAAAAGUGUUCUUAUUUUUCAUCACUGGGGUUUUUACGGUACAGAUAGUAUUCAUGAAGAAUCCGAUGGACACAAUCUUAUUUUUCAAGUACAAAUGUUCGUAACGUGCAAAGAGAAGGACCGAGCCUUGUAAGAGGAGGAGAUAACACUAUGGACUAAUGCGUGUCCGACAUCUUUAACCGUGCUGACAGGAAGAAGAUGAACGGGACGCUGAAGAGUUUUCAUCGUCGUGGAACUGUGUACUGGGUGCACUUACGUUCUACAUAGGAAGUUUACGUUUGACUGACAGGUCGUUACAGCGCUGAAAACAUUUUUUUGGAACUGGAAACUUUGGAGAGGAUGUCAUAUGAGCGGCUGCGAUUGGCCAACCGUACUGACCAAUGGGGGAGCGAGCCUUACCAAGUACUUCUGAAUGGUUUCAUUCUUGAGCGACAGCAGCAGCGAUUUAAUCGGGAGAUGCAAAAUCCAUUCAAAAGAAGCAUUGCCAUAAAAUUUAAAAGUGAGUCGUACAUGGUGUUGUCUUUAUCAUUUUUUAUUGUUAUUCUUGUAAAAAAAAAAAAAAAGAAGUCAAGCUGAGAAGACAGUUACACUAUCAAACCAUGCUGUAUUAGAAACCUGUCAAUAUGUAUAUGAAUUAUGAAUACACUUAAAAAAUGCUUCAAGUA